AUGUUCGACGUCUUAACACUUGAUUCGCCAAAUAAUGACGAGCGCGAAGAUGCGACAACGAACGAGGAAAAUGCCUUCAUACUGAAGCACUGGAGACUCUACGAGAGCGGACAAGAAAGCCUCUCGACAGCCUCUGCCAUAACCAACAUUGGGUUUCUCGCGCUAGAAAGCGGAUACAUUGACGUUCAGGAGAUCAUCGACAGCUUUGGUGGCCCCCUCGCUCUUCUCCGCCUGACUAGCGACGACCACAAUAAUGGAAACGCGCGCAUACAGACUGUCCAAGGGAUACUGCAUCAUCUCGUUGGUCUCGCAAAAGACCAUACUACGAUGAAAACUCAACCUGCCUGGCCUAAUUUCUCGAAGACCGACGACUUCGGCAACUUCUAUGACCAAUGGACACGUAACAUGCGGGAUGCGAUACGUCGCGGAGUUGUCUCGUUUACCUUGGCUUUAACCUCAAUCAUUAUAGCCGACACCAUCGAGCUACUCGGCGACAAAACAAGCGCAGCGUAUACCGAGUUGACCAGUACCAGCAGCAAGCUGACGGCUAGUCUGGAUUCGAUCAUCGAAAGACAUAAAGAUUUGCGAACUCCGGAAUGGCCAGAGAGUGCCGACGUUGCGCUCACCUCGUUGGACCAGCAUAUCAACGAGAGCGCAUUGAGAAACCCGGUCCACCGCGCCGGCCGGAAACACCGGUGGAAGCUCGUCAGUUUCAACCUAUACAAAUCACAACCAGUCCUCUCUGGAGUCAUUCUAUUCUCGAUCAGCACAAAGCUUCACAGCACAUCAGUCGAUUAUGUCAAUGCCUGGGGCAUAAUAUUGCGCGGGGCGCACGUUUACUGUGCUUGUAAAGAAACCUUCGCGAUAAAAUCCUCUUGGAUUGAGAUGGAGCACUUGCUCGACGUCCAGCCGGAAACAAGUCUAUUUGUUGGCGGUCUCGAGAUAUCGCCCACCAUGGACCAACCAACUCCAAGCAACGAGACACCUGAGAACCGUCGACUGCGCCGUUACUGCAUCGCGACGGGAGCUUCCCCGGCUCUUUGGAGCAGGGGAAGGAGAAGCAAACCCCAGGUCGUGACCAGCACUGGUUCAUAUAGGCAGAACAGGGUCAAGAACGUUGUAAAGAUUCAUGAACACCUUGGACACAUCUUCGAGAAAGGCCAAUGGAGUGACGGAGACGGCCAGCGAAUGAACCAUAUGCUUGGAGAACUCGGCCGGUCGAACCAGCCCUCUUCAUCCGUGAGAGAAUGGAUGGAUUGCAUCAGCGCAGGCCUCAGUAGGGAAGAUGCCGCGUUACAGACGAAUCUUCUGGACCUGCAUCAGUAUACCCUUGUGCAAUUCCAACGACUGAAGGACUGGGUUGACCCCCUAAUCAAGGGGUCAACCCACCUUUACUACAUGACCAAGCCACACGAGGUGAAGCAUAUCGUGUAG